AUGGUACAACUUCACGCUGCUGGCGGCGCAGCUGAACGAGGCGGAGGAGGGCGUGGCGCCGACCGACUCGCGGCGGCGGCCCGACCAGCGCCUCAUGGAGGAGGGCCUGUGGGACGAAGCCAACGCAGAGAAGCUGCGCCUCGAGGAGAAGCAGCGCGCCGCGCGCCGCGAGCUCGAGGCUGCCGCGGAGGCGGCGGCGGCUGCGGGCGGCGCGGGGCCGGAACCUCCACGCCCGCGCUGGUUCACGCGGCAGGCGGCGCCGGGCCAGCCGCUGCUGCGCCACCUCUACAACCACCGCUACUGGGAGUGCAAGCAGCGCGCCGACUGGGCCGACUGCCCCGACAUCUUCUAGCCGCACCGCACCACCACCAAGCACCACCAAGCACUACACCGCCACGCACGCAAACUGCCACGGCUUUCACCUAUCACGGCUUCGAAACCCACCAAACCCAGACGGAGCCAAGAAAAAAUUUGCACCAAGUCACAGAUUAUUUAUUGGCAAAAUGUGUUUCUGUUAAGAUUGUUCUCCUCUUCCCAUCUUAUACUCUCAAAUAAUCUUAUCGCUAAGCAAUUACAUCGGAUACGGGUCGGGUAGGACGGUAGUACUAUCAUAUCUUCCACACCAUUAACAACUUAAUUUGUCGUCUUAAUCGAAUAUCGGUUAAAAGGUCAUUAUUCUAGUGUAGAAGAACUUCUACUCUACAGCAAAAUAAAGAUUAGAAGUAAAAUCACCACCCUCAACUGUUACUGGGGCACAGGGUUGAAGUAUGAAAAAACAACAAGAAACAUGAAUUUCUGUAACUAAAGUAGGUCCUGCCUUGAACAUUUUUUUUUAAUUAUAUUUAAUAUGUAACACUCCACUACAAGGUUGUCAAAUUUAAACUAUUAGUAGCAGGCAGAUAAAAGGCAAUCAGUAAAUAGCUAUUUGUCACUGUUCUUGUGGGUUUGUAAUUUUUGAAAUAAUGAAUGCUCCAGUAUAUGAAAUGAAAUAUUUUCUUGACAUUUUCUUUAGUUAAAUGUUAUUUUAUAGCCAUAGGAUGUAAUUUUGUAAUCCAAUCUUCUAUCAUGUGACAUAUAAAUGUCCUCGCUCCAUCUCUGUAUUUUUUUUACUUCUAAUCUUUAUUUUGAACUAAUUACUACAUGUCGUGUAACUGAUUCUAAAAGUAAGUUAAUUUUUUAGUUCUUCUAAUAAGAAAGAGACUCACUCAAAUCUUAAAAAAAAAACGUUAUAUUAUAUAUUAUUUAUGAAAUAACUAAAAAUCUAAUAUUUGAAUAUUAUAAUCAAUGGCUUGUCGUGACCUAUUUAGUAUUCGACAGUAUAAAAGCAGAUCCAGAAGUGUUCUACAUAAUCUCAAUCUAUACAUUAAAUGAAUAAAUUUAGAUAUUCUCUAUUAUUUGUAAUUUCUUUGAUGUUCAUCCAGUGUGACUGGCCUUAUAGUGUGUUUUUAGAACUUGUUUACCGACCCUGAUGAAUUAGUAUCUUUAUAACUUUACUAUCAAAUUAAAUGCGCUGUUAAUUUACCUAGUUUAGUACCAAUGUUUUUCUAUAUCUAAGCCUAAUAUCAACUCAAUCUCGCUAGUCUGAUAGCACAAUAAAGACAAGUUUCAGGGAUAAGACAUACGAGCUUCCCCUCGCCUCUAUUGUGCCGGUUUUAGAACUAAUGAGGGUUUAUGUUGUUCUGCACUUAUGAUAUCGAUUCUCUUCUCUUGUUUGUUUACAAAAAUUAAGAAAAGUUAUAAGUACUUCUGUAAAUGUUAGUGUUUUUUUUUUUAUAAAUAUUUUUCGCUUGUCUGCAAUAGUGUACAUAAAUAUUAAUCAUGUAUAUACAUCUAACUGUUGAAAACAUUUUUUUUGUAUUCAUUCCAUGAUAUUUUUGUGAUGUGUUGCUUAUUUAUUGUUGUAACAAAUUUUAUUUACUUUUGCUUUAAUCCAAAUACUACGCUAGAACUAAAGUUUAAAUAUAUAUUGUAGCUGACCUGGCAGAAGUUGUUUGCUUUUUCCGGUAGGUGGCGCGAUUAGUUUUACUCUGAAUUUUACUCCGGACUUUUUACAGUGUAAAUAUGAAUUAUUCAUAAUACAAGCACAGCGCCACCUAUCGGGUCCAGAUUUAAUGAUUUUCUUUUUUGGCACUUAACGAACAUAUUGUGAAUAUGAAUUAUUUUGGUCCAUAAAUAUUCUAGGAUCGUAGCAUAGCUAUAAUCUAUCGUCUCGAUAGAAUAAAUUGAAGUGUGAAUAUAACCUUAAUCGGUCAAGUCGUAAAAAAGUUAUAUUAAUAGACGCACCAGCGACUACAUAUUAUAAAAAGAUAUUUUAACCAUAAUUUAGUUACUAUUAUCUUAUAGACAAAAUUUAACUAAAAUUAAUGUUAUGUCAGGCAUAUGUAUACAUAUAAUUUAUUUAUUGUGUUGGUUUAUACUUUAGAAAGGAAAUAACAUAAUGAAUGUGAUUUUAGAACAUUUAUUUUUAAAGGAACAACAUGAAUGGCUAGAAUCGGCCUAAAAUUUAAGUAUCUACAGAUCAGAAGACUACAUUGCUUUGUUUGUAUUACAAUUUAAGAAAUAAUAGUAACAACGAAGCUUGUGACUUGAUGAAAUAGAUAAGAUAUUUGCAUGUUUUACAUAAUUGUGCAUAUAUAAAAUAACAUUGUAUAAAAAAAUAGUGUUUUUGAGUCUCGGAACUAAAAAUGAUUUUUUGCAGUACUCAACGUUUUAAAACUUUCAUCAUAUUUAUACAAAGACAUUGCGAAUACCGAGAAAACAAUCUUAAAUUCUUUUACAGUUAUGAUGUAGCUAUAUUAACAAACCAUGUAAUAAUAAUUAAUUUAAUUUAAUUUUUAAUUUAGAAGUGAACUUAUCCAAUUUGCUUUAAGAACCAGAUCAAUAAAGUAGCAAAACAUGUUCUGUAAUUCGCUAGGUAAGCGACUUCAUUUCAACUUUAAUAUAAACAAUAUAGUACCUAUAUUAUAAAUUGUAACAAUACUGGCGCCGGUCUAACAAAAACCAAUGUUAAAAUUAACAUUGGUUUUUGUCUAAUUUAUUUUACUUCAAAUUAAAUAUAAUUAAAGGUAGCCAAACGAAAGGUGACUUAAGAAAGUCUAUCACAUCGAUUUGUCCCUUGGGUGUCGCAGAAGACGACUAUAGCAAAUACCAGAAAAAUCUUUGGCUUCCGGCAGGUAGUGAGUAUACAAUCUUAUUGACAUCUGAAGUAAAAAUAUAAACACAGUCAUAUUAAUAAAUGUAUUAUAAAUACCAUAUGUCAGACGUGUUUGUAUUCCCAUUUGCUCACAAAAUUGACUCAAAUGGUUUAAAACUUUGGCGCUUUGGUCACGUUUUGUAAAAUUGGAAUAUUUCUUUAUGCGCAUAAAUCGACGUGUCUCAGAAAUUUUUUGCUCUAAACUUAAAAAUACAUUCUCGCUUUAUUUAAUACUAUAAUUCUAAAUUUUUUUAAGUUCAUUUAAACUUAGAAUAGAAAAAAUAUGACAUGAGAAUACAUAUCGUUUAGUCUCAUUACAACCCCUGCUUAUUUUAGUGAAUUAAUCGUGUGAAGCCUUGAUAGUUGAUAUUUGAUGUACGUCGUCAUCUGGUACUUUCUACUGUUGCACUAUGUAAAAUAUGCAAUACCUUAUUUUAAAAACAAAAAAUAAAUAUAAUUAUAUAAAGCAUCUCAUUAUACACAAUAUCAGUACGAUUUGUUUUAUUAAUGACUACUGGAAGUUAUUUGCAGACGGCAGUUUCGAUGUCGGCUUGUAGAGGUUUGGAAUAUUUUGUAAGUUGUAUAACAAAGUGUACAUUUUCAAGUGUAUGUAAGAUAAUUUGUUAAUAUUUUUAUUAUUAAUUAUAGAACGAGGUUUGAAUACAAAGCCAUAACAUCUGUAUAAUGUUGAUUAUGAUAAUAAAUACGUCGCAGAAAGAGCAGUUUUAUUUAAUAAAAGGUGUCUCAGCGCCGAUUUUAAACUUUGAAUAUUUGUUUUAAAAAAAAAACAAUUGUGUUUAUAAUAUUUUAAUUCCAGUAAAUUAUAGUACAUUAGUGCGAAUUUUAUGAACGGAAUAUUACACCGUGAAGAUGUAUUCGAUGGCGUUCUUAAUGUUACCAACUUAACUAAUAUUUUUUCCUUCAUUUAAUCUUAUUACUAAAAUUAUGUAAUUAUAUCAAAUUACAUAAAUGACCGAAUUGAUUAACAAAGCUCAGUUAAAAAAAAUUGUAAUGUUCAGCUUAAACUUACAAAGACCUAAUAAAUACUAAACCCUAUAUUUAUUGUUUAAGAUUCGCAUAAUAAAUAUAUUUCUUGAUUGUAACUUCCGUAAGUUUGAAGCUACACAUCACAAGUUUCUAUGGUAAGAUUUAAGUUAAUAUAAAUUAUUCCUU